CUCUCGGUUGCUAUGGAGACCUGGGUCUAGGGCUGGCAGAGGACUGCAGGCGGAGGAGGCGUACCUUCCGCGGCCUGAGCCCAACCUGCGGCUUCGCGUUCCUGGUCGCUUAGCUGCCGCGCCCGGGACGGGUGACUGCGCGAGGCCCCGGGGAGGCGCUGCGGCGCGUUCUCCUUCCGGAAACCCCGGAGGCCCCGGCCCCCUUCCCUGAACCCGGCCGGUGGGAGAACCAAACGGCCUUCGCCGGCCUCACUCGCCGCUCCGCGGUCCCGGGGCUCCCGAGGGCACUGUUCCAGACGCCGGCCUUCGGUGUUCGCAGUGCCGCAUCUCCGUCCCCACAGCCCCGGGAAACAUCCGCCCUCUGGGAGAUGAUGCUUAAGGUAGAAGAAAACCCAUUUCCUGGAACACCUGAGUUGUGAUCGACGACAGUCAGGGGGCAAACAUGUUACAGUUGAAUGAACUGCAGUAUUCGAACGAAAACAAAGGCGAGGAGAUCUCCCAGCUCGCUUGCCUGUCACUAUCAGAUGACGAAGCAUCCAGCGAAAAAAACUCUGGCGGUGUUCCCGAAAAAGCUGGUUAUCCGGACCCCGUUUACGUGAUGGCAGCGAACAUUUUUCAGGGUAUUCGAAUCGAAAAGUCACCAGAGAAAGUCUUAAUAAAGUACGGGAAUAAACCCCUGCAGUUCUUGUCCGAGUCGGAGGAUGAAUCCUUUCAGCGCUCUUCCUACGAGCUGGCUUUCAGUGCCCUGAAGUAUCAAGAUAUUUUGGAAACUAUAUUAAUAGAUAGCUGUAUCAUUCCAAGUACUACAAUACCAGAUCAUUUGAACAGUCUAAUUAUCGUGAUGCUGUAUGAUUUCCAAGAGAGAAAAUUUCAAGCUCGUCUCCUUUCUGAUCAUGAAGAGUCCAUAGCAGAAGUUCAAGAAGUAGAGAACCUUCUUAAUAGUUUUAAGACAAAAUUGGCUGCAGCAUUGGCAAGAUGUCGAAUCAAACACGAUGCCCUUUCAAUUGACCACAUUCUCCCAGAAACAGUUCGGAACCAGGAACUGAGGGCCUCCACCUUGCCACUGUAUGCUUGGAUAAAUACGUGUAAAAUCAGCCCUGAAGAAGUUUAUCACAGUUUGAGGAAAAAAGGCUACAAUAAAGUGAAAUGUGUGUUGCACAUGGGUGGCAAAGUCUUUGCUGUGGACCAGCAUUGCUAUGAUGUCUUAAUUUUUCCAUCUCAUCUUAAAAGUGAUCUUCUAAAUAUAGAUCUUUUCAAAGAUUAUAAACUAAUAUUCCAGGACAAAUCUCGAAGUCUUGCUGUGCAUUCUGUAAAGGCGUUUUUAAAUAUGGAUGAUGAUGUCUUGAUGGUCAAUACAGGUUCGUGGUACACAGUUGCCCAUAUGUCCAUCUUAACAAAUAAUAAUUGCACAAAAAUAUUUGUGUGUGGAGUACAACCACAAACCAAGCAUCCUGACCUGAAGAACCUUUUCACACAAAUGGGAUGUGAAAAUAUUGAAAUACUUCCCGAGACAUUUCUUAACAUUGAAUCUAAAGAUAACAGGUUGCAGAAAGUUAAAGUGAUCCUGCUGCUCCCCCGUUGCUCAGGGCUCGGUAUUAGUAAUCCCGUAGAAUUUAUUUUAAAUGAGCAUGAAGAUACAGAUUUACUUAAAGAUUUCUCUCAAGGAGGCACAUCAGAAGAUAAACUUAAUGUUCUUGCCCAACAGCAAUAUAAACAGCUAACACAUGCAAUGAAAUUUGCUAAAGCUCAAGCAGUCGUUUACUGCACAUGCUCAGUUUACCUGGAGGAGAACGAAGCUGUCGUUAAGAAGGCACUGGAACUUCAAGACCUGGGGACUAAAGUACAACCUUAUAGGCUCAGUCCUCCUGUCCUCCCGCUGUGCUCCUUAAAGGACAUCCAGUUGUCGGCUGACAAGUUUUUCAGAAUGGAACCGUCUGAAAUCACCAAUGGUUGUUUCCUUUCUGUUCUAACAAGGGAGCGGGACCCAUCUGAGACGGUGUCUGUGAGAGACGUUUUGGCCCGCGCUGCAGCAAAGGGUCUACUGGACGGGAUUGAGUUGGGUAAACCUUCAAAACGGGAGAAGAAGAAAAAGUCAAAAACAACAUUGCCAAAAGCUUCCGCUACUAAUACUAACAGCAUUCAAUUGAAAAUCGCUGCGUUCCUGAAUCGAGAAGCUAAUGCAAAUACUAAUCGGUCAGAGACAUCGACAACGAAAACACCUCUCGCACAGAAAAGUACAACUCAAGUGGGUGCUUCCUCGCAGAUCAGAAAGCCCAAGCCUGCCACCAGCCCCUUAGCGCCCGCCUUCGCGAAGAACACGCCUCCCUCCAGAUCCUAUGAACGGCGCUCCAACUUCGUGAGACCUCGCCCCGAAGACAGGAUGGUUGUGCUGAAACCUGUGGAGAUUGUUUUGCCUCCAGUGUCCUUCCCAUACGCAGUCCCUCAAGGGAUCAGACCGCAGGCACUAGCUCCACGUUUUUACUAUCGCUGGGCUGGACCCAAGCCUGUUAUGUCUGGUUACCUUCCCACCACGUCAUUAACCAGAAAAGGGGAAAAACCUAAAAACUCACCUUCCUCCCUACUCAGACGUCGACCAUGGCUUUGACGGUCUUGGGUAUGUUUUUUUUUUAAACGGGUCAGGAGCAGUUGAUUUUUUUCAAAGUCUGAUUAUUUCUUUGAAGGUUAGACAUUCCUACACAAAAUACUGAUCCUUUCAGUCACUUAAUACCUUUAAGAGAAUUAGGACAAAUGAGAAACAGUAAUGUAGGUGGUUAAGUAAAGCAAAAUUCAGAUUUUGCUCAGUGCUCAGUGCUGAUCUGUUCUAGAAUGUUCACUUGUACACUCAGUUUCAGCUGUUAAAACGAGUCUCACUCUUGUUAACUUUCAGUGUGGACUUAGGCCACCACUUUUGAACAUUUUCAGUCAAUAUCAAGGUUCAUGUGUUUCUUAAUAUAAAAAUAUCCUUUAAGCAAGGGAUGCUAUGAGUUUUGUAAUGUGAUCGAGGUUGAGUAUGAGUAGGAAGAACAGGAAGCUCCAGAGCCCCAGGUGUGGUGGUUCACACGUCCAUUCACAGAGUGGAAACUGCUUCCCAUAGAAGAGCUCCCAGGACCCAGAGCAGAUUGAACAUAGUCAGCUCUCCCUUCUGUUUAUGCCCAAUGCCAUUAUAAAAAAAAGUGACUGUAAGCAAAUUUCCAUCUAAACGGUAAUAAUUCUGAGUAAGAGGCAAACUAUUCAAUACAACUGACACCUAUCAUCGAAGGAACCCAUAAAAAUUUGAUUCUAUUCAAAGAUCAGGUCAAAUAUUGAAAUCUACAUGUCAUUCCAAAUGGCUCACAGUAAUCAAAUUUUGGUAAUUCAUUUCUGAUGCACAAUUAAAAUAUAGCACUAUGUUAAUUUUAUUAAAAAUCUAUCUUGAAUGUGUUGUCUACCAAGAUUUGGUAUGAUUAUCAUUUCUGGGUCUAUUGAUUUUCCUACAUCAUGGCAAAAGAAAUUGCUUGACUAACAUUAAAUCGAGUAAGUUACAACUAUAAAUCCUAUUGUUCGGAGACACAUUCAUAAAGUUUGAAUUUAAAGUUCCAUUUUCAGAAUCCAGUUGUGUUGAACAGUGUUAUGUAAAUUUCUACAUGUUUAGUUGAGGUGCCAUUUUGGUAGAAUAUUAUCUCCUUCCACAUGGAUGUUUAGGUCUGUUUCAGCUCUAAUGUUCUAUUCUUUGUUUCUCACUUGAAGUGAAGAUAAAAAUGGUACAUGUCAGUGAAGAAAGGAAACAAAACUUUUUGUACUUGAACCAGACAUAUUUUAAAUAGCAAAAAAAUUCUGUUAUUCUUAAAAUGUACAGAAAUAUUUUCAAUGCUCAGCUUAUUUUACUAAUUUUGAAAAUCAAAAACUAUGUUUUAUGCUCUAAAAACUACAGUGUUUCACCCUCUUACUCCCACACUCUGUCUGGCUAAGAGUGUUCCAUUCCUCCGGGAGGUCCAUGCGGCUGAACUGAACUUUGUUCAGUGAAGAGCUGGUACACUGUCCCAGGGAUCUUUUAUCCCUUCCCUACCCUCGUCCCCUUGCUCCAGGCUGAAAGGGACUCCAUUGUCCCAGAGUAGCAGGUGUGAGAUUUUCAUGGUAAGUUAUAAGAAGAAAACUCUCACCGUUAAGAAGUAGUUCAGGAUACUUGCCUGAUCUCUAUAGCAGCGUGGGAUCCGCAUGAUGUCACUUUAGCCGCCUGUAUUCAGAACCUCCUGGCGUGCAUGCCACUAAAUGAUUUGUCUCUUUAGAAGUAUAUGGAGAUUCUGAAUUAAACCAUUCAUUAGUUAAGCCUGCAGUUUUCUUUGAGAAUCUUCUAAGAAGCACAUGGUCAAUCAUUUAGAUACUUCGGUAGAGUCAAAAGAGAAGAGUACUGAAAACAAUAUUCGAGAAUUCUAGUGAAGGAGAAUUAUUGGAUACAUUGACAUUUUUCUUUCUUGAGCUUCCUGGAGAAAGGUGUUGCAAAAAUCUAACAUAAUAAUUACUGGUAUUUAGAUACUCCAAUAGCAAAUUCAGAUUUUUAUCUAAAUUUACCUGAAACAAAAAUGCAAUUUUGUUCCUUGAGAGUAACUACCUUUGACAGAGUGAGUACAAGAGAUAAACUAUGAGGGAAAAUGCAAGAUGAGCAAAGAAUUGGUACAUACUUUACUUUCUACCUAUCUUCUUCCACAUGUCUAACACUUCAACUAAACCACAUUCAACUGGUUUGUUUUCCCAGGUCCCCUUGAGUAGGGAUUUAGUGCCUGUAGAACUCCAUUCUUCACUUUGGUGUCAGGUUCUUUCUAGUUCUUACCAGGUGGAAAUAUGCAGUAACUAAUCAAAGGUGAAUCUCGCAUCGCUGAAAUGAUUCUUGAGGUAAGAAUAAUUUGAAAAUAAAAUGACUAGAGUGAAGACACUAAACUCAUGUUUCUAUUCCUGCAUAUAUAUACAUAUGACCGAGAUGUCAGAUAAAUGAGUCAAACACUUUAUGAAGCUAAUUUUAUUCUCGCAACAUAUUACAUUUAAAUGUGUAGAAGUGGUCGACAGCUAAAUGGGCAGAGAGCAAAACCAGAUGUUCCUUCAGGAUAAAUGAGCUGCUCCGGCAGACAGAGAGCGCUCUCAUGGAUAAAGCGUGAGCAGUAUCUUUCUCCCUGGAGCUGAGAUACACUUCAUUUUACUGGUCCCAUAGCACACCUGUUAGCUGUGUGUUCGGGGAGCCUGGCAAACCAGGGAGUGAAGAGUUUUACUAGUUAAAUUGUGCGAAUAUGAGGGAAAUGCUCUUCGCGUUGCUUAUGAACUCCUGAGUCUGUGUUGCAAUGCUUGUGAAAACGAGUGUCACACAAGAAAAGGAGGAAAGACUCAGGGCUUUUACUAAAUGACGUUCUGUAGAAUUUUACCAAUGACCAUCAUAAAAUCAUAGAGUGGGAUUUUUAAAAAAGUAGCAGUGCCAACAGGUUAUCAGCAAGAACUUAUUUUAAUGGAAAUGAGUCUAAUGUCCCUUCAUGCAGGAAGACACAAACAAAAAACAAUGGUUCUCGUUAGCGAUGGGCGGACACACAGGGCAGGUGGACACGUGUCUGUCUUUCGGAUGAGAUCGCGCACGU